GCUCGUGCGCAUUGUCAGCUCUAUUCCCCGCGCUUCCGCAACACGCCAUCUCUCCUACCACAAUGAAUCUUGGUAUCACCUGAGUGUUCUGGCUCUGUCUCUCUGAAUCUGAGAGUCUUACAAAAUCCACCAUAAAAGCCCAUAGCCUGCGAACACCGUGAUGGUGCGGUUAUCACACGUCAUCCCGUUGUUGCCCGGCGCCGUUGCGCUCAGCAGCAGCCAUGCACCACCACCAACGAAGCGUGUCGCAAUAAUAGGCGCCGGUGCUGGCGGCUCCUCAGCAGCCUACCACCUCGCCCAAUACGCCGCAUUGUCCUCAACACCACUCGACGUCACCGUCUUCGAGCGCUCUUCCUACGUCGGCGGCCGCACUACCACCGUCGAUGCUUGGUCCGAUCCAUCCGUACCUAUCGAGCUCGGCGGUUCCAUCUUUGUCGAUGUGAACCACAUCCUCGUCAACGCGACGCGCGACUUCAAUCUCUCUACUGCCUCGCAAGAAGAUAGCCUUGCUACAAGACUCGAAUUGCCUGAUUUGGGGAUAUGGGACGGCACGCAGUUCGUGCUGGUUACAACGGAGGAGGAUGGCUGGUGGGACAAGGCGAAGCUGCUGUGGCGGUAUGGACUCGCGCCGUUGAAGACAAACAGGCUGAUGAAGAGUGUGGUUGGCAAGUUCUUGGGCAUGUACGAGGAGCCUGUGUUUCCGUGGAAGAGUUUGGGUGAGACUCUGGAGGCGCAGGGGUUACUGGAGAUUACAGGUGUCACCGGGGAGCAGUAUCUCAAGGCCAAUGGGAUUGGGGACGCUUUUGCACAUGAAGUUAUUCAGGCAAGUACGAGAGUCAACUAUGCGUCUAAUCUCGCCUACAUACAUGGCCUGGAGACCAUGGUGUGCAUGGCUACAAGCGGCGCAAUGGCGAUUGAUGGCGGCAACUGGCGCAUCUUCGCCAGCAUGUUGAAGUCGUCGUCUGCAAUCACAACGCACCUCAACACGCAAGUCUCGCAGAUCUCGAAGCAGGACGAUGGUACAUACCGUCUCUCCGCCAACGACACUUCGUCUACCUUCGACGAGAUCGUUCUGGCAGCACCUCUGCAGUUCACGAACCUCACUAUUUCUUCUGAAUUAGAGCAUACGCCCGAUGCGAUUCCGUACGUGAAGCUGCACGUCACACUCUUCGCCUCGCCAUUCAAGCUCGACCCCUCAGCAUUCAAUCUCGGUCCCAACGAAGCUGUACCACAAUAUGUCCUCACCACUCUUCCCGUCUCUGAGAAGCCCGGUGAUGGCAACCCAGGUAGUCCAGGCUUCUACAGCAUAUCUAUGCACUACACCUCGCUCAACCGACGUGCUACACCCCCACGCCAGGAAUUCAUCUACAAGAUCUUCUCCGUCGAGCCUAUCACAUCCACAUCUUUGACACACUUCCUGGGUCACAGCGUGUCAGAGAGUGAGGCAGAGGGAGAAGACGUAAAUGGUGCUGUGAGCUGGGUGCACCGCAAAGUGUGGCACUCGUACCCUCGAGAAUACCCCCGCGUCACCUUCGAAGAAAUCAGGCUCGACGGCAACGACGGAGCCCUGUGGUACACCAGCGGCAUCGAGAGCUUCAUCAGCACCAUGGAAACCAGCGCCCUCAGCGGUAAAAACGUCGCGCGCCUGAUUGCAGACAAAUGGGCCGCGGAGAAGAGCGCAGAUACCCCAAAAUACGCUGAGCACACUCCCCAAGUGCCUCUGCUACCACCACCAGAGUCCGACUCAGAGGCACCGCAACUCGAAGUCGGCGGUGAGGGCGUGACGCUGGAUCAUCUCGGGCCGCUUGUCGUGAACAAGGACGGGAGUCUGAGUAGGAUUGCGAAUUGGGAGGCUAUGUCCGAGAAGGAGAGGAAGAAUACGCUGAGAGUGCUGAAGAAGAGGAAUCAGCUGAGGUUGGCAGAGUUAAAAGGCGAGCAGUCUGAGCUUUAGAUGGACGCUCGUUUAGAUUUAUGUUGUUUCGAUCGACUAUAUCCUCUGCUCGUUAUGUGUUUGGCGAGUUUGCUGUUGGACGUAUCGCGUGCAAGUUCUAUUUGUGCGAGGGACGGAGCGACUGCUUUGUUGGCAUGCGAGUGGCAAACCUGGGAGUCGAGCGCCGGUCCUUCCUUCCCUGUCUUGUCAUUGAUAUCUGCUCUGCCAAUCACUCGCCACGCUCUGUCUUCUUCGACCCCUCUUUCCACCUGCUGGAGUAUGCGUUCAUCUA